UUAAAAUUUCUCUGAUGUUACUAGUGAAACACAAUGUAUCAAGGAAAUUGUGUAGUUUCCUACUGUUUCUCAUGCUGCUCCUGCCGUCCUACGAAGCUGGUGGUCCGAUCGGGAGUCACUUUAUCCGUCGGCGGGCGAAACGCCUAUCAAGUCCCUACUUCGAAGAGGAGAAAACUCUGGUACUGGCGAAAUAUGUGGUCUCCAUUCGGUCUCGAACGCCCCGAAAGUUUUUUGGCGACAAUCACUUUUGCGGUGGGGUCAUAAUUUCGAGAACCUACAUCAUGACUUCCGCCCACUGCGCCAUGGACAAGCGCAAGAUCAUACAUCGAAGUCGGGUCUUGCUCAUUGUGGCUGGAACCGCGAAUCGUCUGAAGUACCGGGAUGGUCUCACUGUGCACAUUCCAGUGCAGAAGAUCUUUGUACCGGAGCAAUUCACGGUGUUCAACACGAACAACCUUGCGCUGAUGAUGCUGGCCAAGAAACUGCCCUUGGACAAUCCGCGCGUGGGUGUGAUCAGUCUGCCCACGACUGACCCCGAACCGGGUGUUAACUACACGGUUCUGGGCUGGGGACGGGUCUAUAAAGGCGGUCCCAUGGCCUCCAACAUCCUGCACAUUGACGUGGAGCUGUUGCCCCGGGAGAUCUGUGAGAAGAAACUUCACACCUUCAAGGAGGAGAUGAUGUGCGCGGGAAACCUGAACAACAGCCUGGACGAGAACCCCUGUGCCGGGGACACUGGGAGUCCCCUAAUCCUCAACAGAACUGUAUUUGGGGUGGUGACUUAUCGAAUUGGAUGCGGAUCCAAAACCUUGCCCUCGGUUUACACAAACGUCUAUGUCCACAUGAACUGGAUCAAUGAUAUCAUGGCGAAGAACGAAGGGAACCGCAUGGAAUAUACUCUAAAUUGUCUACUAACCUCCAUUGGCAUACUCAUGGGAAAUAAAAUUCUGAAAAGUUGUGGAUUUUAUUAG